ACUGAUAUCAUUUAAAGAGACAAUUCGCGCGGCGGAUCAGCUGAAACCGCGCGCCUAUUUUGUACAUGACAUGUGUGUGAUCGAAAACGCUGCAUGCAACACGUCAAUAAACAACGUGGAUAUAUAUAUUUAACAGUUAGAAUAUAUACUGUUAUAAUAUAGUGGUCUCCAUCUGGAUUUUAUCGGACUAUUUGACCGAUUUGUGUCCCUCGUGUCCUGUCGUUUGACUCUUGAUGGUGGAUUCUCUCAUCAAUCAAGGAAUACCUGAAGAUCCAUUGCAAUUAUCUCCCAGAAUGCCGAACAUCAAAGUCUUCAGCGGGUCAUCGCAUCAAGAUCUGGCGCAGAAGAUCGCCAAUCGACUCGGCUAUGAUCUUGGCCGAGUUGUCACUAAGAAAUUCUCAAACCAAGAAACUUGUGUGGAGAUCGGAGAGAGUGUGCGUGGUGAAGAUGUUUACAUCGUGCAGAGCGGGUGUGGUGACAUCAAUGACAACCUCAUGGAGAUGCUCAUCAUGAUCAACGCAUGCAAGAUUGCAUCAUCGUCCCGCGUUACAGCCGUCAUCCCUCUCUUCCCUUAUGCUAGGCAAGACAAGAAGGACAAGAGUCGUGCACCCAUCUCAGCCAAGCUGGUAGCUAACAUGUUGUCUGUAGCCGGAGCUGAUCACAUCAUCACAAUGGAUCUUCAUGCAUCACAAAUUCAGGGAUUCUUCGAUAUCCCAGUGGACAAUCUGUAUGCGGAGCCAGCCGUUCUCAAGUGGAUCAAGGAGAACAUUCCAGAAUGGGGCAACAGCAUCAUCGUAUCACCUGAUGCAGGAGGCGCAAAGAGGGUGACAUCCAUCGCAGACAGACUCAAUGUCGAGUUCGCUCUCAUCCACAAAGAGCGUAAGAAGGCUAACGAGGUUGCGUCAAUGGUCCUGGUUGGUGAUGUCAAGGACAGGGUUGCUAUACUGGUUGAUGACAUGGCUGAUACAUGUGGUACCAUCUGCCAUGCUGCUGGAAAAUUAAAGGAUGCAGGAGCCAUCAAGGUCUACGCUAUCCUAACCCACGGUAUCUUCUCUGGACCUGCAAUCAAGAGGAUCAACGAAGCUUGUUUUGAGAAGGUCGUCGUCACGAAUACCAUCCCGCAAGAGGACAAGUGCAAACAGAGCAGUAAAAUUGCAGUUAUUGACAUCUCGAUGAUGCUUGCAGAGGCCAUUCGCAGGACGCAUAACGGCGAGUCAGUCUCGUAUCUCUUCAGCAACGUGCCGUUGUAGUCUACACUGACGUCUCCAUCAGUUUUGUUGUAAAUUAUAGUUCCAACUUCAUCCAUCAUUUGUACAUUGUGUUUUCCAUUUUAAUGUUCAUUUAUUUGUCAUAGGGUUAUGUUUUCUGAUUGUACCUACUUGUAACAAGGUUGUAGCGCACAAAAGGUUAUGCGGAGAGAAAUGCCCAACAAACCCUUCUGUAUAACCAACUGAUUCCUUUAUCAUUGAAGAAAAAUAUUGAAGGGCAUUUGGUAGAACCUGCGUAUAUUUUAAUAAGGAACGUUUCUGUUGUGAUAUCCUUAACUUCUGAUAGUUCUCAGUAAUUUACCUUUUUCGUAUCUCAUUUAAGGUAAAGUCAUGGGUUUUUCCAAAGUACUUGACACAAAUAUUCAUUUUUAUAUUGGAAAACACAGAACUGAAAAUUAUUCUAAUUGCAAUAUUUCUCAGAGAAUUCUCAAAACACCUGUCUUAUUGAAGAACAAAGUUUUGUAAUUCCAGGUAUUGAAAUUAUAUCCAACUAAUUAUUUGUAUAUGUAGCUUCCAGUCUUUACACGGUUGUAGAUUCACUUUCUUGAAUUUGUGGCAUUCUUUUCUUUUAACAUUUGAUUUCACUUGCACGUCUGGUUAGAAGGGAUAGACUGUUGUGUGCAUUAGAUGUAUGAUUUUUUUCGUCCCAAAUUACUUUAUUACACUAGAGUAUUCAGACUGUUUUACCUACAGUACUUUGGAAGAAAUUAUAACAGUUUGAGAACAUUAGUUUUUUGUGGCAUAUACACCUGUUGACAUUUUAUUUUUUUCUGAUUUAUUUGAUAUAUUGAUUUAAUUCCAAUUUCUGGGUAUUUCAUCGAUACUGUUUUGCUUAGGCGAAAUGUAUCAUAAUAGAAACAUAUAUAUAGGCAAUGUUUCCAAAUUACAAACUUUGAAUUUUAUGUCAAAAUUAUUCUAGGACAAAUUGCAAAAAAUGUCCCAUUUGAUACUUUGUUUGUAUGUACAUAGACCUUUGUUUGAAAUAUGUAAGAAAAGUACUGACAAGGAAUUGAGUAGCAAAUUGAAAUAUGUUGGGCAAUCCUUUUGAAAAUUGCACAAGGGCAAGUCCAUGGUAUUCUGUCUCGCGCGUCAAAAAAAAUAUUUAUUGGAUACGACUGCAAAGCUAUGGUAGAUUUAAAGUGCCAUCAACUUCAGGUGGUGAGAUGCGUUAUCGUUUCAAGUUGACUUUAGAAAAAUUAUGUUGUCAUGGCAAGUUACAUUAUCACUCUUCUGGAUCUUCUGCAUCACCAUUUCGACACAGCUAUUUUUAAGUUAACUUGGCAGCUUAUCUCACCAUGUUGACAUAAUAAGGCUAUUAAGUCAACUUGACAACACAUCUUGCCUCUCAUCAUUUAGUUUUAAGCUUCCUUCAAAACCUUAUUUUUUUAUCAUUGUUAUUAGAGCAAUAAUGUAUAUGUUAAAUUUUCUUUGUUGGUAGUAGAUCGUUAUUGUUUAGAAUGACUUUUUUUUAUUUUGCAUUUUUUUUCUUUAUGAUUCAUACCAAAAUCAAUUACCGAUAUAUUAUGUUUGUUACGUAAUGAAAAUUGUAUUGUAUACAAAUGUUAUGAAUGCAGAAGAAAAAAUAAAUCAAAUCAAAUAAGCAAUCAUGCUGUAAGGGGCACAUUAUUCGCAUUAUAAUAUUCAUAGAACCUUUUAUUCUCAAUAACGUGUGUCUGAAGAAUAAAAAGAAGCAUACCCUGGACUUGCCCUAAAGAAAUCAUUCACCACUCAAGUAGAGUACUUCAUCAAGGUGUAGUUAUGUUUAUGUAUUGUACAUGUAGCAUCUCCCCUAUCAUUGUGAAAAUCAGUUGUGCUAUUUUUACAAUAUGUAUAGGUACCUCAAGGUAUGGUAUGGUUUCUAUUGAAACAUUUUACGUCUAUGGCUGUUGAGUCAUUGAUUACAUCUGCUAGUGUAUUCUUUUGCUGUUUUAAGUAUGAAUAAUUGAUUUGUCUCCUCUUUAGUAAAAACUAUUCCUCAUAUUUACACUUCUUGGGGAUGUUUCACAAAGAUUUCACGGUUAAGAGUCACACUUAAAUUUCACUUGUAUACAGUGUAAUUGUAUGUAAAGCAUCAUCCCAUUGGUCAGAUCAUGCCUAUGGGACAUGCACUACCCUGUAUCCACCAAUCAGAUUGCAUGCUAAAUAACAUGUGCACAAUGAGGUUUACGCAUGGCUCCAAGUCACACUGAACUCUUUGUGAAACACCCCCCCCCCCCCCCCGGGUCCUGUCUUACAAAGAGUUGCAAUUGAUCCGAUCAAUCACAACUAUGGACGGCCAGCAACGUCAACAUCAAUCAUGCGCUUUUGUUCAAAAUAUUUUCCAACUAUGAUGUAUAUUUAUUCAUUCAUUGUUUUCUUGAAAAUUCACUGUCCUUCUCUUUGUUUAAAAGGGCAAUGUGCAAAUUUCCUGUAGAAAAAAAUAUGACAUUGAUGGAUUUCCAUAGAGUUACGAUUGAUUGGUUCAAUUGUAACUCUUUGUAAGAUGGGGCUCUGAUUUGAUUUAUUGUUUGAUGUCUUUAGAGUAAAGUACAAUGUUUCACCAUGUGACCAAUAGGCUGUACGGGGUUUGUUACAGAGUUAUUUUAGACUUAAGUUGUGCUUAUGACACGUUAUAUGAUUGAUAGAUUAGCCAAUAGUGCAGUACCAGGAGCAUGAGUUUAAACAAUGAUUAUGUAAUACGUAUAAAGAAGACCAAAAUAACUUUUCCAGAAAUACUACCCCCUCCUCCAUAUAUUUUAUCUAUCAGAUGGACUGGUUUACCAAAUUAUUCAAGUUUUAUUCAAGGGUUAUUAUUGGCAAGAUAUUCCAUCUACAUGGACUACAAUGCUUGAAAACAUAUUUUCAUACACCAUUUGUUGCCAUGUUAGGCAACCCCAGAAAAGGUUUGUUUGUCAAGAAUAAGCUUUCUACAUUAGUAUGCAAAUAAUGUGAUUGUUCAACCAACAAAACAUUUAGUGUACAUGUAUAAGCAGACAUUCUUGCAUAGAUUAUAUUUCUGUGGCAUUUCUAGGUUGAGCAAUCACAAAAUUUGCAACUUUCAUUCAUAAAAUUGUUUCACAUUAACAGAAAAACAGAAUCAUGGCUUGAAAGGAGGUAUGCGUACUUGUGUAAAUGUUGACCUGUGGAGCCAAUUAUGUAUUGUGAAUUUUGAUAAACCAAGUAAGUAGAAGUUUUCUACUCACCAUCAUUAUUUUAUAUUAUUUAGGUUUUAGGUUGAAAAGCAGUGUUUCAUUUGAUUUGAUAGAAUACUCUGUAUAUCGUGUUUUCCAUAUAGGGCGCUAAAACGGUAUCAUACUCUUUUUUUUGCCCAUACUAAUUUUCAUUGUGAAAAUCUAUUGUUAGUGAAUCAUCAAUAUGGGUGUAAGCAAUUUCUGCAUACUUGUUUUUAACUAAUUCUUAGAGGGGAAUGAAUUUUGUAAAAUAUUUGUUGAGUUUAAAUGUCAUAGAAAAGCAGUGGAAAUCAGACGGUUAGCAUUGCAUCACAUCACAUGGGACCAGUUAUGAAACUGAACAUUUGUUCAGAUUUAGCAUAGCAAAGCCAAAAUAUUUGAAGAAACAAAGUUAUUCAUGCUAUUUGAACUUGACAAAAGAUUAAAACAAAUUGAAAUACAAAAAAAUAUUAUUUUAAGAUACAAUUGCUAAUUUUACUUUCAUUUGUUAAUGGGCCUCAAUAACUUGGCUAAAGGAUAAAUUCUCACAGUCCAGGGAGUAAAUUUGUGUUGUAUUUUGAUGAAUUCAUUACCAUACUUUUACAAAUGAAUUUUAAGAAAUGUGGCGAGCUACAAUGCAAAAUCUGAACUUAACUUCAUGGUAUUUAAUUAAACUUGUUCCAUGCGAUGUGAUGCAGUUUGUUUAUUUGUAACUAAUGGCUAUUAAAGAAAUUGUCAAUUCACUAAUUUUAUGCUUCAUUUUAUUAUAAAAAAUUAAAAAUCUAA